GGACCAGGCGACGGCAUGUCGGUGAAACGUUCAGAGUUGACAGGCAUCAUGAGUUGCCCAUCAUCUGGUCAGCAGUGUAACAGUAUAUACCCUCCAACCCCUCAGCAGACCGCUGGUACUGUGUGGCCGAGUCAACCCUGCCAACCGUACUGGCCAUGCCAACCUAACCAACCCAACUGGCCCAUGAGUCAACCUACAAUGGUACCCGCGACCUGGCCUGUCCAACCCACCCAACCCGGAUGGCCCAAUCCACCAACCUCUCCAACGAGUCUACCCAGUCCACCCUUCCAACCAAAUCCACCAGUCCAACCCACCCUACCUGUACAACCCAACCUACCUGUGCAACCCAACCUACCCGUCCAACCAAAUCCACCAGUCCAACCCAACCUACCUGUGCAACCAAACCCACUAGUCCAACCCAACCCACCAGUCCAACCCAACCUACCUGUGCAACCAGGCUGGCCUGCUCAACUACCCACCCCACCCGGAUACCUACCGUCUCCAGUACACCCGACCUGGCAUGGUAAUCCUGGUCAACCUGGUUGGCCCGGUCAAGUCCCAACCAGAGGAGCACAGCACCUGUGGCCACCAGCUCCAUCUACUGCUCCUGUUACCGUACCCUUCAACAUGAAUUUACCUCGUGGCAUCUACGACAAGCUAAUGCUAACUAUCAGAGGACAGGUUAAACCUGAUGCUACAAUGUUCACAAUCAAUUUCCUGCGUGGUAACGACAUCGCCCUUCACAUCAACCCACGAUUCAAUGAAAGAGGGAAAGCGGUUCUGGUGCGCAAUCAUAAACUGGGGGAGCAAUGGGGAAAAGAGGAGCGUGACAUUCUGGCGCCGUUUCCAUUCAUGCCCGGGCAUCACUUUGAGAUGAAGAUCUUGUGCUCCUUCACCGAGUUCAAGGUGGCCGUCAACAACACGCCCAUCUUUGACUUUCAGCAUCGAAUCAGAGAAGUCAACCAGAUCGACCGCAUCAACAUCCUGCAUGACGUCACACUCACAUCCGUCCUUGUGGACACUCUGCCCUGAACCAAUCAGAGUCAAUCAAUCAGAGUCAACCAGUCACAGUCAACCAGUCAGAGUCAACCAAUCAGAGGCAAUCAGAGUCAACCAGUCACAGUCAACCAGUCAGAGUCAACCAGUCAGAGUCAACCAAUCAGAGGCAACCAGAGUCAAACAGUCACAGUCAACCAAUCACAGAACUGCACAGUCUUCAUUCACAUGAUGUUUAAACUGCUGGAUUCUGUCGGGACACUGAAGAAUACACAAAUUUCAAGUUUUACAAAUUUUGUGUUUUCAUGUUUGUUUAUCCAUUAAAUUUGCUGGAAUUUUUUUAUGAGAAAAAGAUAAUACAUACAUAUUAACACGCUUAAUUUAUUUUAUUGCAAUAUAUAGUAAAUGUUAUACAAUAAAUUCUACGGUCGUAACACGGAAACCUCUUACAAUUGCAAAAAGGUGAAAUUAAGUUUAAUUUAGAACACAAACCAGUGCACGCUUUUAUAGUUCCACACUUAUAAUAAUUACAAACAUAUAUUGGUUUAUGGGAUGUUGAAGUUAAUGUGAUGACUAACAUACAUGUACAUGUAAUGCUGUAGUAAUGUGUGUAAAAACAUGAUUUCAACUAAAGUAUAAAGUCUACAGUGAUUGUUCAAACAACUGACACGACUAAAGUGAAUUAAUGCACUCUCACGCUU